UCGACUUCCUUACCACAUGUUGGACCUGGGAGUGUUUGUAAACGCCAGGCUUCAGCUUAGAUCUUUGCUGUUUUUGGUUAACAGACUUAGAUAUUAAACAGGAGGCCCAGGUUGGAUAUUCAGAAUGAACCUUUUACACAUCCGCCUGUGUUUGACCACUUUGCUGUUGUGGGUCAUUCAGAAGUCUGGCGCAUUUGUGCUGUCUAAUGUCACCGAUCUGACGGUGCACCCAACAGCCGAGGCCAACCCUGAAGGAAGAACGUUUCUAUCGGCCCCCGGGGCUCCCCGCAGCAGACGCAAGCGGCAGAUCUCCCCCAGAGACCGCAACGUGAUUCUGGAUUACCACAACAGGGUUCGGUCGCAGGUCUUCCCUCCUGCCGCUAACAUGGAGUACAUGCUCUGGGAUGACAGACUGGCAAAAUCUGCUGAGGCAUGGGCAGCACAUUGUAUAUGGGAUCAUGGGCCACCAAGCUUGAUGAGAUAUGUUGGUCAAAAUAUGUCUAUUCAAUCAGGCAGCUAUCGGUCUAUUUUAGACCUUGUAAGAUCUUGGUAUGAUGAAGUACGCUAUUAUUCCUUUCCUUAUCCAAGAGAAUGCAAUCUAAGAUGCCCCAAUAAAUGCAGUGGAGCAGUUUGCUCCCAUUAUACGCAGAUGGUCUGGGCAACAUCAAACAGAAUAGGAUGUGCUGUCCACACCUGCAAUAACAUGAAAGUCUGGGGUUCUUUUUGGCCCCACACCACCUUCUUAGUGUGCAACUAUUCAAUAAAGGGAAACUGGAUUGGAGAAGCUCCAUAUAAAACAGGGAAACCAUGUUCAGCUUGCCCACCCAGCUAUGGAGGCUCCUGUAGUAACAAUCUCUGUGUUCCAGGAGUCAUGUCAAAUAGGUUGUUCCCAUUCAAGUAAUUUAUCUUCUGUACAUUGUUUUGACAGUGGUAAGAGAUUAAUGAGUGUCUGGUUUCCUACUUACAGCUAAUAUAUAAACUAACUAAUUCAAUGAAAAUGAUAAUCGGAAAAAAACCUCGAACUAUUGCUUCAAAAAGUACAGUGGGACAUGCUUAUUCAAAAUAGAAAUGUGACUCUUCAAAGAUAAUGUAUUUUCCAAUGAACAAGAUCAUUACCUCUGACAAAUCAGGAAUGAUUUUCAGACUUUUGGAAAGAUGGUUUUGAUUGUACAAGUUUAUUUCAAAAGAAACACAUCGUAAAUCCGAAUCGUUUCUAUGUUCCCGUAUCCCAGGCAACCAGCAACAGUGGCAAUGACUAUUAUAUGUCAGUCAGUUCCAAAGUAAGCAAUAAGUUCUUGAUGGCGUAGUUAACAGAAGACUGUUAAGUAUAUUUACAAUUAUGUGUGUGUUGAAACAUGAGUUGAAAUUUUUGCCUCCCCAUGAAUGAGGUAGUCACUCAACUCUUUCCUGCAUACAAAUGUAUAAUUUGUUCAGUUACAGUGUGCAGGAGAGUGAUUUGUGGGGAGAAAUCUCCAACUACAUAAAAUAUUGUAUUGCAGUCUUUAAAAUUUCAGUACGUAUAACUUAGUAGAAUAUGUUAAAUUUCAUAGAAUAUAUCAAAUUCAAGCUAAUCCUUCAGCUACACUUAAUGUGAACUUACUUAAAUGCAAGUCUCGAAAAAACAACACAGUGAAAAGUGCAAAAUCAAGAUUGCCCUCUGUUGGACAAAUCACAACACUGAUGAUAUCUCAAGAUGAUUGUAGCUGUACUGUAGGAUGAAAUUGAACCUUGACUAAGAAACUUCAUAUUUUACUUGCCAUUUUUUUAUCGAAGGUAUUCAUAGCCUCCCAGUUGAGUAGAAAACCAAUAAUUAAAAUAUAUUUCUCCAAAUAAAAACAUCAGCAUUGGAAAUGGAAACAUGCUAUCUAUUGCAUGCAGUUUCAGUAGUACUGUAACUGGACAACUGGACUAAGAUUAAAUAUUAAGUGCAUUUCAAGACGUGCAACUUAGACCUUUGUACAGCUGCUACAUGUAUCAAUUGGACCCUGUCCUUUACAACCAAAUAAAGCACACUUAAAUUAUAAUAAAUUUAAAGAUUCACUGUCACCACGAAUGUUUGACUUCACAAUUAUAAAUUAUUCGUGAGAUCAAGUAGUGGAACUAGGUAUACUCGCUUGAUACUGUAUGUUAAAACAGUGAGCUGGAAUCUCCCUCAGUCAGCUAUGCACCACUUGGUUUCAAAGUGGAAAAUAGAGGCCUUAGAGUAUUAUUUUCCUCGUUGAUGUAUACAUUAUAAUGACACAACAAAAUAAUUUAGGGUGAGAUAGAUUAAUUAGUUGUAGCUAGGUCAAUAGAAUCAUUUUUUUAUCCACUGCUUAUCCGUAAUUUUUAACUGGGCACAGUGGCAAAUUAAGGUGUCCCUUAAAAAUAUCUUCUACCUCAGAGACUUAUGCUCAGUAGAGUUUAAAGUCAGCUUGAGAGUUUGUCAGAAGUUUCUACUAUAUAAUGAAUCUGUAUGAACCCUCCAGCAACCCUGCCCCCAUUUAUGUUUAAGUACAUUGUGCUGUGGAGUCUAUCAUAUCCUUAAUUGCCACUAUUCAGGAAGGUCUAUUGUGUAAAUGAGAAGCUCUUGACAAAGAAAACAGACAUUGCAAAUUCUGGAAGAUGAAACACAAACAAAAAAGCUAAAAAGAAGCACACGUUGGGUGAUGUUUUCAUCCCCCAACCCCAUGCCAACUUUGGAGAUGGGGACAGCAUUUAAUUGAGUGGGAUGGCAAUGGGUAGAGAGCACUGACACUGUCCUGCCUCCACUCAGGUUAAGUCCAUGGUGGAAGGGCUAAUGGAUACUUUUCCUGCCCUACCAGCAACUGAGGCAUGUAAAUGAGAAAGUACAGUUCACUGAAGGGCCUCCUCCAGCUCCCACCAAUUUUAAGCCAGUGAGGAACUCAAUAAGUAGACUCACGUGAGUUGCUUGAGGUCUCUUAGGGGAGUCCCUAAUUUAUAGACAGUCUCUGAUGAGGGGAUCCAGACAUGGGAAAGAAGUGCCUGUUAAAAGCUACCCCCUCUCAUUCCUACUGAUCCCCUACACCCCUCUUCUUUAUGAAUCCCACCCAGCAAAACCUUACCUAUCCAGUUACCUUGGUUGCUUUGCGAUUCUGGCUCUGCUGUGGAUAUAUUUUCCAUAACAACGUGCCACUUAUCUGUAGCACUGCUGAGUAAAAUGAAAUGCUGGGCUCAAAUUAGCUGGCAGCUUAUGGUGGCAGGGUUUCCCAUCUCCUGAGCUCAUGAUCCUGUGGAAGGUUCACCUUUAGCUGGUUGAUUGCCUGUGUGACAGACCUUAUCCAAAGAAGGCAACCUGAGUGAUCUGCCAACUCUUCAUCAGAUGACUGAGAAUCCUAUUGCUUCCAUAAGAUUCUCCCCAAGGAGGUCUACCAGCAUCUGCAAGGAAAUCCGAGAAUGUCAUAUUUCUAAUGUGGACCCUUCAUUAGAAAUGGAGACUGGGAGAUACAAUCCUACUGAGUUUCAAACAGGCUUAGCGGACUGAUUGACUUACUCUAGCUCCUGUUUUCUUAGGAUCUUUUGAUAUAAAUAAAACACUCAAAGGAAUUGAACAAAGUAAAACUGAGGAGGCAGUGGAAGGAAGAAGUGCAAUGCGUUUUGACCCCUGCUCUAUUCAAUUCUACUAUAAGGUUCAUUUCCUACCUGCUUUCAGCUCUACUGUAAGGUUUGUACCUCCAUCAGUAACCUAACAAUACUCUUUACAAAUAUUCCAGCUAUUUCAGUUUUAUUUAAUGUUCGUCUUCUGUGCCACCUAGUGGUAAUAGAUCUUGCUUACAGGCAGAUUAGAACAGUAUGUUUGGCAUUUUUGGAAGCAAAGGAUUUGCGCUUUUGCUUAUUUACACAAAAGUGGCAUCUUACUUUAGGUCUGCACACUGCGUACACAGUAGUAUCAAUCAGACAAAUCUCCUUAUAGUGAUAGCAGAAUCCAAUAAAAAUAAUCGUGUAGAUUAGAUUACUUACAGUGUGGAAAAAGGCCCUUCGGCCCAACAAGUCCACACCG